AUGGAAGGCACUGCAGAUUGCACGCAAGAAACCUCUUUUUUUGUGCGUGACACUGCCUACUCGGUGGUUUCUGUGGCAUCAAUCGCACACCAAAUUUCCACUGCCAGCUCUACGCCAGACGCCAACCUGCAAGAGAUUUUGGCACUGGCACAAUCCCGCGAAGUCGACUUCCUCCCUUUGAUCCAUCAGCCAACUCUUGGAAACGUAGGUGCUGGCUUGACUGCAGUCGUGAAUCAGCGUUUUAUCAGGAAUGACCUGGAGCUUGCAUUCAAGGAAGUCAACUCCGCGAGUGCCUUCCUGCGAGAGCUCAGCUUUGUGAGCGCACGCGCGCUCCGGGCACACCCCUUCAUUACUAAGUUACAAGGUAUCGGCUGGAGUGUGGACAGUAGGAAAGAGGGCAACAAAUGGGUUAUCAAGCCGGUUCUGGUCUUCGAGAAGGCCACACAUUCAACAUUGUGGUCCUUUAUGCACACUCGCGAAGGCGGUUCUCUCAGCUAUAAGCAAAGAAUAAGUAUUUGCAUUCAGCUCGCAAUCGCUGUCGCGGAUCUGGAAGACCAUCGCAUCAUACAUGGCGACAUCAAACCAAAGAACAUAUUGGUCUUCGUCGACGGGGUUGAAAACGGUGCCGUUACCAUCCAACUUGCCGAUUUCGGGCACUCCAGUGCAGUACCAGAUGAGGUGCCUGAUCUACACGUCAUUCUUCCCGAAUCACGCCCGUGGUCAAUACCCCCCAACGAGUAUCGUCAUACUGGCUUCCAUCUCUUAGAUGCUCAACGGGCGAUGUCUUAUUCGUGCGCUCGCCCUACGUCGAUAGAUACUCCUCUCCAAAUCCUGAGGGACUGCUUCGAAGCCUGCACGAAGGACGAUCAUUCCGAUCCACCGUGCGUUACUGAAAAACCGGUGGCGGUAGCCCCGCACAUGACCUACGAUGCGAUUCGAAAGAUUCCGGAUGUCUUCAAUUGGUUCGAUGUUGUGCAAGGAUUAUUGCAGCUGUCCAAUGUGGACUACAGAGUUCGAGUCAUGAUUUUCGACAGUCUCAUCAUUCGACACCAGGAGGUGUUGCAUGAGCCGGACAUGACGCGCCUACGCGAUGCAAUGGCCUUGGAAAUUGCUUCAUGCUACUGGCUUGGUUUUGGCACGAAGAGAGACGAAGCUCUAGCGGAAUUCUGGUUCGCAAAACACACGCCGAAUCAAGGUUUCUUCGACUUUCGCCUCGCAAAGCUCAAGAACACCCUUGGAAGUUGUUACCUCUGGUGGACAAAGUUGUCGCAGCAACUACAGAUCGGACACAUGGACUUCACGAAUGACAUGCAAUACUACCGAGACCAGCAGCAGACACAAGCCAUACUGGAAGUUGAGCGUCGAGAGUUGGAAGACUGGGAAGAAGUACUAGGUCCUGGACACUUCAUUGUGUCCUCAAGAAGCUCGGCAGUGUGUGAAAAGCUCAUCAACAUUGGUAUGCGGAACGAAGCAAUCGCUCUGACUCAGACCGUUCUAGAAACCGACAUGAAGCGCUACAAACAGGCAGAGACAAUCUACAGGCUGGUCAUACCCCGCAUAUCCAAACUUCUUGGUGACCGAAAUCUGCAAUGCGUCAGAGCGCAAUUCGACUGGGCCAUGCAUUACAACUACCAAGGCAACUAUCCAAAAGCAUUGGAGAUAAUGGACCUAUUGUACAAGGUCACUGUCUCCAACUACGGAGAAACGCACGAGCUAUCUCUGCUGGUUGUGCAAACGCGGAUCGAGCUCCAAGCUCGCGUGCGGAUAUAUCAAAAGACAUGGGUUGGCCGCUUCGCUAGUCGGAAACUCCAAAUGUGGGGCGAUUAA